UCUAAUUGUAAAGCCUUUUUGUCAAGUUAUUGUCAGUUCAUGGGUCUUCAAAGCCUGAAAGGAAUUUCAGUACUUAUUUCAGCACCAGCGUAUCCUGCUUUUAGAAGUUAUGCAUCAUAAUGCAUGUGUUUUCAAUUUAUUCUCUUAGAUAGUAGGUGUUUUGCAGCUUGUGUGAUAGUUAUCGGACAUUCAGAGCGAGGAUAAACCCGGAUAAUGGAUUUCGUGUCGGGAAUGUGCUAUUGUCAAGAACAGAGAAAAUUUGCGGCUGAGAAUGCCGCCCAAACCUGGAGAACAUGGAAAAACACCUUUUCGAUUCCUGCUCAUAUCCGAAGUGAGAAAUCGCAUCGAACAGCAGCUGAACGUCACUGACAUACUUCCCAGCUUGUGCGCAUGUGGUUUGGUGAGCGAUGACUUACGGAAAGAACUCCGCGCCAUCACAGGUGUCAACGCCAACAUGGACCGAUUAAAUAUGCUCCUCAAUCAUAUUGUUUCCGCUUCCGGUCCUCAGACCUUAGAGAAAUUCCAGCUGUGCCUCCUUAAUUCUGGCUAUCGACAUACGCACGAAAUCAUUCAAUCGCAACUGGAGAAGAUGCGCUCUAAAAUAGAUGUUACGCGGACCAUCGCGCUGAAAGUUGGACUCGUCCCUGCAGAACCGGAAAUCUACGUCUUACGGGAGGAUUACGUUCAUCGGAUCAAAGACGAGAUUAUCAAAGCGUCGGAAAGGGCACGUGAUUCACAUGGAACACACUGGGUAGUUAUUCACGGAAUGCCGGGAAACGGGAAGUCCUAUUUAGCAGCUGCGGCCUUGCGCGCGCCGGACAUGAGUACAUUGUGUUUCAGCAGUGGUGUUUUUUGGCUGGAUAUUGGGAAGCCUGGAAAGGAUAAAUUGAGCAUUAAAUUGGGCAUAUUGCUGCAGAUGUCGGAAUCUGUUGGCAACGAUUCUCCAUCAACUGUUUUAACGCCAGCUCCUGGCGACAUUGAUCUGACCAUUCAACGUUUGGCAUCAAAUUUCGCGCAACGAUAUCCGAACGCAGCCAUUGUAUUGGAUGAUGUUUGGGAUGAGAGUGUUUUGAAGAUUUUUGAAAAAAUAUCCUGCAAGGUGAUUAUUGUAACUUCUCGGCGUGCCGACAUCGCUGUAGGAGUUAGCGCUCCUGUGGCAAAAAUCCUGGUCAGUUCGGGAUUCAGUGAAAAUGAAUCGCAGCAGUAUUUCGCCAAGGUUUUGGGCAAAACUGUGGACGAUUUGCCCGACGAAACGCGGCUGAUUCAUCAGCAUAGUCGAGGCGCACCUCUGACAGUUUCUCUGAUCGGAGGCAUGGUACGAGAUGAUCCCCAGCGUUUGAAACGGUUUUUGACUACAUUAACGGAGAAGCCGUACAACGUUUUGGAGAUGCAGAACAACAACCCGUAUCAGCAUAAAACAAUUCAGGAUACAAUUGCUUUGAGUGUUGAAAACUUGAAGGACGACUUGAGGGAAAAAUUAUUCGAUUUUGCCGUAUUCGAUGAUGAUGUUGCUGUACCGGUUGAUGUGUUUCACGUGCUGUGGUCAACGCAGACGACGGAUGAUGCGGAUGAUGUAAUGGCUGACUUUGUCAAUGCUUCUUUGUGCUCCAAAGAAUAUUGUACCGUUCGCGAGUGCAAUGUCUAUCGUUUCCACGAUCUGAUCCUGAAUUACAUUCGGAAGAAUAUUCCGGUGGACAACGUUUCUGUGCUGACUGACAAGGAAGAAAAGUCGGCUCGGGAAAGGAUGCUGCAAGCAAAACAUCGCAAAUUGUAUUUGAAAUAUUGUGAAAAAUGUGCUGGGAAACUGGCAAAUUUAGAAAACGAUUACUACUUCCACAAUUUUGUCGGUUAUCAUAUGAGCCAAGGAAAACUGAUGUCAGACAUGGAGAAAGUUUAUCGCGACAUGUCCUUUCUGGAUAGACGUCUCCAGUUUGUCGGCCCUGAAGUAGUUCUUGUUGACACCACUUUGCUUCGCAGACAGCACCCCUAUCUUGAGCCGAUUCUUACAAACAUUGAAAAGACCCUGAAAGAAAAGUAUUCUGUAAAAUCUCCGGAUUUGAGUACGAACAGUAAAAGCUCAAACCGUCAAAGCUGGCUAGUUACGGAUCCGGAUUUUUUGGUUUCGAAUUCUCGCCGUGGUUCAGAAGUCAGUAUUUCAAGUCUGGCUUCUCCCUGCUUGAGUGCCAACGGAGAGAACUUCCGUGGGCGCGCUGCUUCUGGCAAGAAGGAAAGUGUGCGAAAGGUCUCUUCAAACGAUCCUCCCACUUCUCGUCGCGGAAUGCGCCGCAAUAGCAUCUCCGAGCCUGCGCAGCUGGUUUCGCCUGCAGACAGCGGCAACGAGCAUGUCUUUUCCAAUUCCAGCUCGAAUACCACCUCUCCCAGCCCCGCCCUCGAUGCGCGUGUGCCCAGCAAACUGAAUUUCGAGCGGGAUCUGCGACGUGAUCAUUUUGAAGAUUACUAGGGCGUUAAUUGUCCUAUCAUACGAUGUUUAUUACUCUGAUAUGACUUUUGUGAUCUAGUGCGGUUCAGUUACGUCGUUUGCUCAUAAAAGUGGCUUUCGGCAAGUUUGCUUGUUAACACGGGAUUUAUUUGUUGAUCCACAAGUUUGAAGUAAUUUUUUACAUUUGUUUUCUAUUAAUUUUAUGAACGUUUUUAUACGUGUCUAUGCUGAAUGUAUAGAAAUUAGUGGGUUAACAUGUUGGAAAAGGUGUUUAAAAAAAUUGUAAAUAAAAGGCCGAAGAAAA